AUGACGGACCGCCGCGAUGAGAUUCAACUCGACCUUCGUGACUUCGCAGCUGGUGGUUUAGGUGACCUUGACGUCGAGAUGGGGGUGGAGACCUCGGCGCCGGCCUCGGCGCCGGCCUCGGCCGUCCGGUCGGGAGGGGGACUGGACCGCUACCGGCACCUGGUCCCCACGGAGCACGAGAAGAGGUCUUGCGCUGGCAUGGGCCCCCGGAUUAGGGCCAGGGAGAUCGCCAGGAAGAGACAGGACCCGAAGGUGGCUUUGGGCGAUCAGUUGUCAUCAGCUGCUCAUGCCAAUGAUGUGGAGAAGGUGAGGUCCCUACUGGAGCAAAACGCUGAUCCGAAUCACGUGCAUUUCGAGGUGUGCUGCGACGUGCCGCUGGCCCGGACCAAAAGUCCUGAAGUGGCGAAGCUCCUGUUGGCCCAUCCGGAGAUCAACGUGAAUGCACGGGAUAUCAAUCGCUAUAGCAUUUUCUCGAGCAUGGUGCUUCACAAUCGCGAGAAUGUGGAGCUGGUAUCUCAAAUCUUGGCACAUAAAGAUCUGGAUGUUCAUGCUGGUGAACCCAUCAAAGUCGCGGCACGCUUCGCCCCCACCUCGAUGCUACGUACCUUGCUGCAUCAUCCCCGGCUGAGCAUCAACGACCCCUGCGGCUUGCUGCACUGCGCCGUGCGGCGAACCGAUGCUGCCUGCCUAGAGGUGGUCACGUGGCUGCUGCAACAUGAGGAACUCGACAUCAAUCUGCGGGCAGACGGCGGGUCCACGGCCUUGAUGAAUGUGGGGGGCUGGGAUUCUUUGACCAUCGAGAUCGGCGAAAAGGAAGCCGUGAAGCGGCGCCAGAUCGCUGAACGACAGGUUAAGAUCCUGCAGAUGUUACUGGCGCGAAGCGACCUGGAUGUGACGGCCUGUGACUCAAAAAACGACACCGCGCUGCAUCGGAUGAGCAGGGCGGGGCGCCUAGAUUUGGUGCAAGUCCUUCUGAAGGAUCCAAGGUGCUUACCCUGCAUGUGGCAGCAAAAUGCAGAUGCUGAGAGCCCCUUGGAUGCUGCCGUGGCAGCUCGUGAGAAGGAGAAGUCACGCAAGAGAUGGGAAUCGGCGCCACCCUUGGCGAAGUUUGACCAGGUCCUCGGGCUUUUGGAAGCCUUCGCGGAGAAGAAGAAGGCCGAGCUGGCAAAACUGGUGCCGCGCGAGCUGGCGAGGCAUCCUGGGACCUGGUCUAUGGCCGUGCAAUCUCUUUGA